AUGGAUCCAAAUUCUAUUAAUCCUCAGGAAGUUGAAUUAAGAGAGCAAGACCGUUGGCUCCCUAUCGCUAAUGUAGCGAGGUUAAUGAAAAAUACCUUACCAACAUCUGCAAAAGUAUCAAAAGAUGCUAAAGAAUGCAUGCAAGAAUGCGUAAGUGAAUUCAUUUCUUUUGUUACUAGUGAAGCAAGUGAUAGAUGUCUUCGAGAAAAACGUAAGACGAUUAAUGGUGAAGAUAUCCUUUUUUCAAUGCAUGAUUUAGGAUUUGAAAAUUAUGCAGAAGUUUUAAAAAUCUUUUUAGCUAAAUAUCGUGAACAACAAGCUAUGAGACAAGAAAGAGGUGAAGUAAAAAUGACCAAAAGACAAUUAAAAGCCCAAGCAGCUCAACAAGAAGCACAAAGAAAAGCACAUCAAGAAGCACUUAAUGGUAAUGAUAUUAAUGAAGAACUCAAUGAAGAAGAAGAAGAAAUCGAUGAUAUUCCAGCUAAUGUCAAAUUAGAAAAUGGUAUGACUAAUGGUUCUGAUUCUUCAGAAUCAUUCUUUGACCAAUAUGAAAAUAACAACGAUCAUCUUGAACAUGACAAAGAAAAGAAAGAUUAUGAAUAUGAUGAUUUCAUUAAUGAUCCAACUGAUCAUCAAAAUAUCGAUGAAUUGGCUAAACAAUUAACCAACGAUGAACCUGACAUUGAUACUUUAACUGCUGGUAUCACCAAUAAUGGUGGUAAUGGAUAUUUUUAA